AUGCGCUCAACUGAGAUUGGCAGCUCCGAGGCUGCCAGUACCGCCAUCGAGAAUCCUCAAAACUUGCACCUCAAUGCGGCCCAGUCCCUCGGGCAAUCCUCGGCUGCCGAUGCGUUGCCGGCUUCCGAUUUCACAACCCGUCUUCAGAUACUCGCAACGCGAAUCCCCAAAGCUUACAUUGCACCGUUCUGUGGCGCGAGCGCAGGCGUCGCCUCCGGAAUCGUCACUUGCCCACUCGAUGUGAUCAAGACCAAGCUGCAAGCCCAGGGUGGCUUUGCACGUCGAGGAGGCCAGACGAGAGAGACUCACAUACUGUAUCGGGGAAUGCUGGGGACCGGGAAAAGAAUAUUUCAUGAGGAUGGUAUCCGGGGUCUGUAUCAAGGUCUCGGCCCCAUGCUGCUCGGAUAUCUGCCCACUUGGGCGGUUUAUCUUGCGGUAUACGACCGCUCGCGCGAAUAUUUCCAUGAGCAUACCACUGACAGCUGGUUAUUGUCCCGCGCCUACGCUUCGAUUACAGCCGGUGCUUGCUCCACAAUUGUCACCAAUCCCAUUUGGGUCAUCAAGACCCGACUCAUGUCGCAGAGCUUGAAGCAAAACAACGAAGGCGCUCGGGCACCAUGGCAAUACUCGGGUACCUUAGAUGCUGCCCGCAAGAUGUAUCGGCUCGAAGGCAUUCGAUCUUUCUAUUCAGGCCUGACCCCGGCUCUUUUGGGCCUGACUCAUGUCGCGAUCCAGUUUCCCCUCUACGAGUAUUUGAAGACUGCCAUCACAGGAUUUGGCAUUGGGGAGCAUCCUGACAAUGGUAGCACCCAUUGGGUCGGGAUUUCCUUUGCGACUUUCCUGAGUAAGAUCUGCGCAAGCACCAUCACCUACCCCCACGAGGUCCUUCGAACUCGUCUUCAGACCCAGCAGCGCACGGCGCCCGCUCCAUCGUCCGAUGAGGUCUCUUUCCGUGGGGGGCUGAAACAUCCUCAUGAUCGUGGCCGACCUCCUAGCGUCUCGUCUUCCGACGGAAUGCCCAAUCGUCCCCGAUACCAUGGAGCAGUUCGUACAUUCCAGACCAUACUUCGCGAAGAAGGCUGGCACGCAUUCUAUUCUGGCAUUGGUACCAAUCUGUUCCGAGCGAUUCCAGCAGCGAUGACAACAAUGUUGACCUAUGAGUAUUUGACGAAGCUCAUCCAUGAUUACCGACAUGAGGGCGAACUGAAGCUCAAGGAGGCAGAGAUCCAUUCUGAGGGCAAUUCCAUCUAA